AUGUCAAAUAUAAAUAAUUAAUUUUUUAUAAAAUAUAAUAUAUAAAGCUUUCUUGAAGGUUUUAUAAAGAAGGAGUAAUAAACAUCAUAUAAAUUAGACUCUCCAGAUAGUUUGUGUAAUAUUAUAUAAAAUUUAAAUUGUCGUUCUUUAAUCUUGCGUCAUAAUCACUCUUAAUACCUCAUACUUUAUCACUCACAUUUGGCUUUAAUGGGAAAAAAAGUAAUAAUAAAAAGAGUUUUUAAAUUACAAUAGAGAGAUUGAUGGAUUCACCAAAAAGGACUGACAGUACCGAUUUAUAAUCAGACAGUUAAAAAGUUAAGAAGGAAUUGAAUUCUUAUUUUUUAGGAGUUCAAUAAACUUCUAAAGUAUGUAAUUAUGAAUAUAUUUAAGGUUAUAAGGAAGUACAUUAAUACUAAAACACAUGGAAUAUAAUUAUAUUACUAAGAAUUCACUCCAUAGUUUGUUGAUGCUUAAGUCAUUAUUUUACAUGGAUUUGGUGAACAUUCAGGAAAUUUCAAAUAAGUAAUACAAUAUUUAACUAUUUUUAGUUGACAGAUUGUUUUUUACUCAAUAAUUUUAAAGUUCAUCUUUAUGAUUAAAGAGGUUUUGGAUUUUCAGGUGGAAUCAGAAGUAAAUCAACUAUAGAAGAGAUGCAUAUGGAUUUUGAAACCAUAUUAGAAUAAAUUGAUAAAUCUGUGCCAUUGUUCAUAUUUUGUCAUGCUUUAGGAGCAGCAAUUGUAAUUAGUUUUUGUUUGAUGAAUCCAUAAUUUGAAAUACAAGGACUUAUUUGUAGUAGUGCUCAAUUUAGAGUGCCACCAAGAUAUGGAAGAAUAAAAAUGAUUACAUUACAAAUGAUGGCUAAAAUAUGUCCAGAUUUAUAACUUAAUACUUAUCAUAAUUUAUCCUUUGCAUCUAAAAAUAAUCAUCAUAUAAGAAAAUUAGCAACAGAUCGUUUAAUAAAUCCUUUUAUGAGUAUUCAAUUUGCUUUAAAUGUGUUAUUAUUUUAAUAAUACAUAUUGCCUAAUGCUAAUUAAUUUAAAAUUCCAAUUUUAAUAUUACAUGGUAAAUAAGAUAAGAUUGCUUCACAUCUAGAUUCAGUAGAUUUUUAUAUGUAAAUAUAAUCCAAAGAAAAAACCAUGAAAAUAUUCGAAUAGGGUUUUCAUGAAAUGCAUAAUGAUUCUGAAUGGCCAAAAAUGAAGACAGUUAUUUCUUAAUGGUGUUAAAAAAUGAUUAAUAAAGAUAUCAAAAUGAACUAUUUAAAGGAAUACAAUCGUGGAGUCAUUGUCUAAUAAUACAGAUCUAAAAUUAGGCUUUUAAUUUCUAUUCUUUUAAUAGUAAUAAGAAGGUAAAAUAAUAUCAUAUAUAUUAUUAGAAAGUUUUCUUGUUUAAAAGCCAGUACUAAAAUAAGUUUAGUAAUAUUUAUUGAAUUAUUACUCAGAUUAUUCACAUCUCAGUGA